CGCGUUUCAUCAACGUGGAGUCAGUCAGACAGUCAGUUAAGGUUAUGGACUAUUCCUAUGUAAGCCUACUGUGCUGAUAUUGUGUAUUAGGAGUCCAUUCCAGCCGUAACUGAGGGUUAGUGUGACUACAGCACAGCGUGUCCUGUGGAAAAGCGCAGUCCCGUGCAUGAAAGUGCGCCGGCAUCAUUUAUGAGCCAUGAGGCGGUUCCUCAGGAGGACCAAUUGAAAAUAGCGAGCAAAGGGAGGAGGGCGGUGUGAGUUGGGACAGGUCCUGCAGCGCAGGCAACGCGUCUUGUGGUUUUGAAAACAUGACAACGAGACGCGAGUCGUGAGUUGCAGUGAUCCGACAUCCUCCGUGGCGUCCUCGCAUGCACGCGCAGUCGGGACGCAGCACCUGACUCUGCAAGAGCCGCAUCUCCAUCAGCUUUUUUUUCCUUCUUCUUCUUCACCUCCAUCCCUACACUGAGACUGGCUGAUAAAAGUGCACGAGCUGCGGACUUUCCAGCUCUUCUCCAUCCGCGGAAGUGAAGAUGUAUCAGGGUCACGCGCAGGGGAAAGACUCGAGGGUGGUUGCCAUGAUGCUGAAGGAGUUCCCACGUAAGGCCUCCUCAGAUGGAAACCCCCUCCUCACCGUCACAACCAAGCUGGGUAGCGAGCACCAAGAGAGCCGACCGUUGCUGAGCCCCUCCAUCGACGACUUCCAGAGCGAGAGCAAGAGUGAUGGAGCCACUCGACCGGUCACCUCUAACACAGCAGUCAUCUCGACAGCGCUGGACCUGGUGGACCUGAGCGAGCCGUGUGAGAGGAGGUGGAGUUGGGAGCGCCGCAGCCCUCGCGCCUCUUCCAAGAACAGCCUCCGCAGGAAGAAUACGGAUGAGACGGAGCUGAUCCAGGUGGAGACCGAGCAGCUCUCGCCUGGACACCUGAACCCCGAGAGAACCUCGUUAGACUCAGUGAGCAGCUCACCCCGGGACAGAUGGGACGAAGUGAGCCUUCACCCAGACAGCGCCUGGGACGGAGGGAGGAAGUGGAGGUAUGAGAGGAAGAGGUGCACCUCACAUCACUCCUCCAGCGAGCUGCUCUGGUCUGCUGACUUCAAAAGCAACCUCUCCAACAAACACACGCUGGAGAUGAGCAUGAGCAUGGAGUCUGACCCCGGGCCUACAUCACAGCGGCCCAAGCUGAGACUGGGAAGCUCUCUGUUCGGCAGGCAGCACUCUCUGGAGGAGGAGUUUGUGCGAGCCAAAGCUGCUGUGGAGUCAGACACUGAGUUCUGGGAUAAGAUGCAGGCCGAGUUGGAGGAGCUCGCUCGACGAAACUGGCUGGAAGACUUGGAGAGUAAAGGCCAGACUCCAGCCAAGCUUUCGCCCAAUGAGACGGGUUACUUUUUCCACAUGAAUAAUCCGUAUAAAGACUGGCCUAAUGCGUUCGAAGAGGGACUGCAGAAAUCCAGAGAGGGCGACCUGAACAGUGCCGUCCAGCUGCUGGAGGCAGCCAUCUUACAGGAUCCUCAGGACUCCGAGGCUUGGCAGGUGCUGGGCACCACGCAGGCGGAGAACGAGAACGAGCAGGCCGCCAUCGUCUGCCUUCAGAGGUGUCUGGAGCUGCACCCGAAUAACCUGAGUGCUCUCAUGGCGCUGGCGGUGAGCUUGACCAAUGCGGGACGGCAGCAGGAGGCGUGUGAGGCUCUGCACCGCUGGAUCACACACAACCCCACCUACACACACCUCCUACAGGAGCGCAGCGCUCUGGACGGCUCACCACUGCCCCAACGCAGGGGCUCCAGCAUCUCCCCCAUCCCCACUCUCGGAUGCUCUCAGCUGGUGGAGGUGUUGGAGCUUUAUCAGGAAGCCGUGCAGCAGAACCCGGGCUGUGUGGACCCUGAUCUGCAGACCGGACUCGGCGUGCUCUUUAACCUCAGCUCUGAGUUUGAUAAGGCUGUAGACGCCUUUAAUGCAGCGCUGUCCGUACGGCCUGAGGACUAUCUGCUGUGGAACCGGCUGGGGGCGACUCUGGCUAACGGAGACCGCAGCGAGGAGGCUGUUGAGGCCUACACACGAGCUCUGGAGCUGCAGCCUGGCUUCAUCCGCUCCAGAUACAACCUUGGAAUCAGCUGUAUCAACCUCGGAGCACACAGGGAAGCAGUGAAUAAUUUCCUGACGGCUCUGAACCAGCAGAGGAAAAGCAGAAGCCACCAGGUGAUGUCCAGCAGCAUCUGGGGAGCCCUGCGCAUCGCUCUGUCGCUCAUGGACCUUCCCGAGCUUUUCCACGCCGCCAGCAUCGGUGAUCUCGACCUCCUCAUGCGGGCUUUCAAUAUGGACAUGUGACCCUGAACCUAAAAACCACCAAACUGAUGAGUGCAGCACUAAUGCUGGGCUUUUUAAAAAUAUUAGUGAAGGCCAUGCGACACACACCGAGCGCUUUUGGUGUGAUUUACUUAUUUGUAUUUCUGCUGGUGUGUCUGCUACUGAUUUGCAGUUUGCACAGAGGAGGGUGUGGACUUCAUACAUAUAUAUAUAUAUAUAUAUAUAUAUAUAUAUAUAUAUAUAUAUAUAUAUAUAUAUAUAUAUAUGUAUAUACAUUUAAGGAGGUUUUGAGAGAUGCUAAGUGUGUGUGUGUUUGUGUGAGACAGAGAAAGAGAGAGAGAAUACAAGCACAUUUCAGAGAAGACUAAUUCAGAAUAUAGUCUUUCCUCUUGCGUUGUAAAAUGUAAAUGCUCUUUGUAUCUUUGAAUAUGAACCAAAUUAUAGCACGGCGAAAACACAGUUAGCACAUGACCUUUAAUAACCUCAGAUCCACCCAAAUCAUACACCCUGAAUUUAUUUGUGAAGUCCAGCAGCUCGUUUUGAGUGGUUUCAGACUUACCUUUCUUCAACUACGUUCAGUACUUUGGGUUGUAUUUCCAGAAGAGUUAAUGUGAUUAAUCCGGGUUGCCAGGUUUUAGCAAAAUGUCCAUCUCAUUGUUUGGUAAUAAAUAUACAGUGCCUUGCAUGAGUAUUCACUCCAUGAACUUUUCCCUGAAAACAUUUUGUAGUGAAAUCGAAAUGGAUGGAAUUGGGAUUGGGAUUGUAUGUCAUGAAUCUACACAAAAUAGCCCAUAAUAUUGUAAAAAUCAGUAUAGUUGGUCUCAUCAGGGGGUGAAUACUUAUGCUAGGCACUGUAAAGGCUGAUUAACUAUUCAGGGUGUGUGUUAUAACAGGUUUAUAUACAAAGAGUCCUAUUUACAGGGAAAAUGAACAGUGGGAAACUGGGGGGAUGCAAAUUUUUGCACUCAGUUCUGUCAAACAUUUUGAGAUGACACUGUGCUAAACUGGUAGCUAUAAGCUCCCACUACUUGUUAGCUGCAUUAGCCUCAUCACUCCAAUGCAUAUCUUGGAAGAUCUACAGAAAUAGUAAAGAAAGCAGGGUUAGUAGAGAUGCAGUUCUGUUUUUCUGCCACACGAUGGCACUGUUGCUACACCGAGUCACCACAGUGACCCCGGGGUGAUGAGUGACAUUAAGUGUGUCUCUCCUCGGGACACAGUGGUCCCUCUGAGGCGUGUCAUGUGCCCAGGUGUGCCAGCAGGAUGUGUUACCCCGAGCCAUCUGUGUUCCAGCGCUCCCCUUUGACUGCGCAGAGCUCGGGGGCUCCGUGGGGGGCCGACUUCAAACGCCUCGCAUGAAAGGUCACGGCAAAAGAAAAAACCUACAGCAUCAUGUUGAAAGUGGGGAAAUGUAUGAAAGCGCAAUAACACAAAGAUACUAAACCCUUUCCCAAAUACAUGCAGGUGACAAAAACCAGCGUCAUCGCCUGCAGUGGUUGGACUGUAGAAGGUCAAAGGUCAUUUGCAGACUAUUUUAGGGUCAUAUAUAAUAAGAUCCUAUAAAAAUAAGGUGUAAUUUAAAAAAAAAAAGAAAAAGUGAUCAAAGAGUGGCAUGAGAACGGUUACGCGCUUCUCCUUACGGAAAAGUCUCAAAAUUUCACAUGUGAGUGAUAUGUGAUUACGUGUGGAGAAUACUGAAUCUUGUGGAACAAAAUGACGUAGAAAAAUAACAUGCUAAAAUGAACAUGUGAAAUUAACUAUGUGAGAAAACCACAUGAAAAAAUUAAUAAGAAAAUAAAUGAUUCAUGUAGGGGGGAAAAAUCAUGUGGAAAUAAAAGCGCAUGUCCCUCGUCAAAGAAAUUAAAUUGUAAAAAUUAAUGACUUGUGAAAAUAAAUAAUAAUUAUGUGAAAAAAAAAAAUCACGUGGAAAAAUAAAAGCACAUGCCCUAUAAGUGACAUUAAAAUGUAAAAAUAAAUGAAUCAUGAAAAAAAUAUCAGGUGGAAAAAUUAAUUAAUGCCUUACAUGUGCCAAAUAAAAAUAAAAAUAAAUUAAUCACUUGGAAAAAUAAAAACAUGCACUAUGUGAAAAAAUGAGCAUGUAAAGAGAGAUGAAUCGUGAAGAAAAAAAAGCAGGUAAAAAUGAAAACACGUGUACUGCGUGUGAAAUUUAAUUGCUGAAAUUAAAUGAAUCGUAAGAAAAUCACAUUUUGAAUUUUUUUUAUUUUAUUUUGAUUUAUUUCUAUUUGAAAAAUGUGUUUAAAACCUGAAACAUCCAAAAACCUCAUACGUAAAAUUCACAUGUGAAGUUUGUGUGACUUUUCUGUAAGGGUUACUAGCAUGAGUAGAUUUUCAUUUAUGAUACAACUAUGCAAGCCAUAUUUGUUUGUAUUAUUAUUAUUAUUAUCAUUAUUAUUGUUAUUAUUAUUGUUAAUCCUCUUUAUACCUGCUUUAUAUGAAAGCAUUAUCCAGAAAUUAUACGCUUGAUUAUAAUACUGAUUGUAUUAUUUCACAUAUGUUGAAAAAAAUGAUUUAUUUUCCUUUUUAAUCCAAACAAAAUGAUAUCACGAUGUGAACGCGCAUGAAUCCUGUAAUGUAUCCAAAUCCCUAACCUCCAGUUUUUAAUCUAAAUGCUCAAUCUGCUUUCUGGCUAUAAUAAUCGAAUGUUACGCGUCAUAUCACCACUGCAUUAAUGACAUCAGGAUCCACAGCUCAUAAUGUAACACCUAUAAACUAUUUAUUGGAAAAAUCUGAUUAUUCUGGUAGAUUUGGAAUAUUAAAGGUUGUAUAAAAUGAACACUCAGCAUGUUAGAAUACUUCAUAUAACCUCUGGGACUAUUUUGUAAAUAAGUCAUGUAAUUUAAACAGGUGAGAUAUGAUCAUGUAUUUAUAACUGAUAUUAAAAUGUUAUUUUA